AUGGACCAUCUGCCCCAACUGCUGCUUCUGCUGCCGCCCGACCACCUGCUGCCGUUUCUGCCUCAUGCAACGGGCGCUCCAAAUCUGCCCACUGGCCUUCCCCUGCCUGACCAAACACCCCCUCGCAGCAUCCACAACCUGAGUCCCAUGAUCCACUAUAUUGCUCAAUGCCAGGCAAAGACGGUGGAUGUGCCUCCGGCAGCCUUCACGCGUUGGCAGAACCUUCAGCCCCAUGCUCCUCCACUUGCAGUGGCCUUCAAUUGGGCACAUCUGAUCGAGAACCUGGGCUUCCACGAGCUUGUCGAUUGGACGUCAGUCUACGCUGCAGCUCAGAAAAUGCUCGUUUCCUCGUUUCAAAAAACCGAUAAGCACACUCUUCAAUGUAUGGCUCUCGCUGCAGCGUUUUUCGCAGCCGGUUGCCUUGCAGGCCCUAGAGUCUCCAAAAAAGCCGUGCUUCGCUGUAAUGAAUGGCUUACUUUGCUGAGUAUGUUGGUGAAGACCCUUGACCAGACUACCUGGGAAGAUGCUGUUUUUUCCAUCAUCCAUGUCAUUCUGUUGAAGACUACGCUUAUGGCCCUGGCCCAGUUCGAACGGGUUGCGAGAGAGUUUCGUAAGCUUUUCAAGGCCAUCGCUCAUAACACUCUGUUUCUUCUGUUGGUCCACGAGCUCGAGUACCAGAAGCUUCCUCCAGAUAGAGCGGAAGACUUUGCUGUCCUCGCUCGCUGCUGGACUUACAUUAAACUAGUUGAGACUGAGGCGCUGGUUCUUCAAGCAGAGACACUGUUUCAGUACGAGCACCCAGAACUCAAAGACACGAUUCAACCUGACAGGGAUCUCGUGAAGUGGCUCUACGGCAUUGAUCCCGAAUCCCCACCACUGACAUUGCUGAUCUACGACACUGGCCUUAUUGCUUCCAGUUUGUUCUUCCGUCGUUUUGAAAAUUGCACAUCCCCAAGAGAAAUCUCGUACGCAUAUCUCACACUUUACAGUGAGUUUUGCGGAGGUAAUCGCCUUGCUGCAGAAUCAUUAUUCACUGCUAUGGAAAAUAACGAUAUGAUAAUGGCGGUUCGUUCUAACAAGAGCCUGCUUGGUGCCAUACUUAAAGUUUCAUUUAUAUGCGUACGUUGGCUUCUGAUCAUUAGAGCAGAGCCCAACAAGUUUGUGACGCUCCGUUUUGCCCACUAUGUCACCACCCUUAUGCUGAUGUUCAAUCCACUUUUUGCAAUCUUGGAUUCCGACAUCUCCUCCCAGACGCUUAUGAGCUCGCUUCAAAACUGGGCACAGCUCAAUACCGUUUUUGACUUGUACAAUAUGUUGACACUACAGGCGCUUUUCAUUGCCGUUAUGAAAAACUUCACCAAAGAAAGCACUUCCCAUUGGUGUCUUGAUUUGCAAUGGCUCGUGGAUACCAUGAAGGCUUCUUAUUCCAGGGGUCGCAAAAUGCUUGACAAUGUACAGCCAUAUGUGACACUUCCACUUGCAAGCGCCCUUCUUCUGGCCAGUGAGUCCUUAGUCAAGAUGAACUGCCAUGAUAAUCACACUGCGCAAAGCUUUUAUGAUCAAAUAACAGACAUCAUGGAUCGGUCAACUUGGAAGACGUGUGUCUAUUCUUUAUUUGGAUUGGAGCUGACGGCAGUCAACUACGUUGAGCAGCUUUGGCGCUUUGGUGAAGUUACCAAGUUUCACGGGCCAAAUCCCAUGAAAAUCACACAAACAUUGGUGUUAAAUACUGCGUUCUUGCGUGAGUUCGAAAAGUCACUCAGAGGCUUCUGGUUCUCUCGGCGCCAUGUCGAGGAGUAUUUAGACCUUUGA